AUGCACGUCUCAGUCACUACUCUUGCCAUCCUGGCAUCAGCUGCUUCCGCGGCCUACGUUCUAGAAGAUGACUAUUCCUCCUCACAAUUUGCAGACAUGUUUGAUUUCUUUACGGACAAUGACCCGACAAACGGCUAUGUGAACUACAUUUCCUACGACGAAGCAGAGAGCUCUGGCCUGUACAAAGUUGACAACGGGACUGUCUACAUGGGCGUCGAUUCCACCAACGUUGCAUCUGGCCGGGGUCGCGACAGUCUGCGACUAAGCACCAAGAAAUCAUACAAUCACGGCCUCAUUAUCCUUGAUCUUGCACACAUGCCAGCCGGCGCAUGUGGCACUUGGCCCGCUUUUUGGAUGCUGGGGCCGGACUGGCCUAACAAUGGGGAGGUCGACAUCAUCGAAGGAGUGAACAGCCAAACUUCAAACAACAUGGCAAUGCACACGGAUCCAGGAUGCACGAUCACAAACACAGGAGCUUUCUCUGGCACGCUCGAGACCGACGACUGUGAUACCACUGCCCCUGAUCAGCCCAGCAACGCCGGCUGUUCCAUGCGCAGUCAAGACACAACCAGCUUUGGCAACGGCUUCAACUCCAACGGCGGUGGUGUCUACGCGACCGAAUGGACAAGCGAGGCCAUCAGCAUCUGGUUCUUCUCCAGGGACGCCAUCCCUUCGGAUAUCUCAAGCGGUAACCCAGAUACAUCAAACUGGGGGCUGCCCCAAGGCCAAUUCACCGGUGGUUGCGACAUUGACGACAUGGUUAAGGAUCAACAAUUGGUCUUUGACGUUACUUUCUGUGGCGACUGGGCGGGAUCGGUAUGGACCACCGACGCCACCUGCGCGCCCCUGGCAUCUACAUGCCAAGAUUACGUGCAAAACAACCCCUCGGCUUUUCAGGAUAUGUACUGGCUCAUCAACGGUCUACAAGUGUAUACCGAGAACGGCGCCGCUACCUCAGCCUCAACGUCCACUUCGACUCCCGCGUCCACUGCCACCUCGAUCACUGCCACCCAAUCUGUGACAACCCUGCUCACAAUCACUUCGUCGAGUGCGACAGUGGUUUCGACACAAUCCGUGGAAGCGACCAGCAUUUCAACUCAACCAGCCGUAACCAGCCCAACCUUUACCCCUGCGGCGAUCCAGACUUCUCAGCCAUCCACAUUCAUCACCGCGGCUCCAUCCGCAUCCUCUCCGUGGCCUUCAUCAGGAGCCUGGAGCGGUGCACCUUGGAAUACCGCCGCCGGCGAUAAUGGGCAAUGGAACGGUGGAGACCGGGGAGCAAACGGUGGUGGUUCAAACACCUGGGGCGAUUGGAGCAGUGCAGACAACGGCAACAACGGCGCUGGCUGGGGAAACCGUGGCGGCAAUGGCUGGAGGAGAUGA